CAUUACGUGAAAAUGAAUGAAGCGUCAUCCUUCCUUCGUUUGCAGGCAGCUUUGUAGAGCUGCGCGCGGCCUUACUUUGCUGCUCUUCAUUCUCUGUCUCAAUUAAACAAUAUAUCCAGUAAUCCUUCCUUUAUCUCACUAACCAUGGCUCAAAAGAACCGUCUUCUAGGCUGUAUAUGUCUUCUGGUUAUAACUGUUCUAGGCCAACGAGUGGCAGCCAACGGGUUAGUCAACGAUGAGGUGAAACGUACGGUGGAUCUUAGCACUCAUCUUGCUAAGAUAACAGCGGAGAUUCUUCUUUCAAACCAGGGUGACUCUGCUGUACACAACUUUAUUUUGGCAGUAGAGCCAGAUCUAGUUUCACAUCUUGCGUACAUCGGAGCUUCAGUGAAAGGUGACGAAGAGGAGGAUGGCAUUCUGGAACUCAAACAGACAACACUGCAAGGUCAAAGUGGGGAGUUCUACAAGGUGCAGUUGCCCUCCAGUCUGGCAAGUGGAGCUAAACUCCGGGUGAAGGUGGAGACUGUCUUCAGCCAUGUUCUGAAGCCCUUCCCCAAUCACAUCACCCAGGCUGAGAGGCAGCUGGUAGUGUUCCAGGGUAACCACUACCUCUACUCUCCCUACCCAACCCGUGGCCAGACAACCCGUGUCCGUCUUGCCUCCAAGACUGUUGAGAGCUACACAAAGCUGGGUAACCCAAGCAAGAACGAUGAGGUCAUCGAGUAUGGACCAUUCCGUGACAUUGGACCCUUCAGUGAGGAUGCCAUGAAGGUCCAUUACGAGAACAACAGCCCCUUCCUUACCAUAAGUAGCAUCACUCGUACCAUUGAGGUCUCUCACUGGGGCAACAUCGCAGUGGAAGAGACCAUUGACUUGAGACACACAGGGGCAUCUCUGAAAGGGCCUUUCUCACGGUAUGACUACCAGCGGCAGUCGGACAGUGGCAUCUCAUCUGUCAAGUCCUUCAAGACCAUCCUUCCUGCCUCUGCUCAGGAUGUGUACUACCGGGAUGAGAUUGGCAACAUCUCCACCUCCCACCUCCAGAUUCUUGAAGACUCUGUAGAGGUUGAGGUCAGACCCCGCUUUCCUUUGUUCGGUGGCUGGAAGACUCACUACAUCAUCGGCUACAAUCUGCCCAGCUAUGAGUACCUCUACACUCUAGGUGAUCAGUAUGCUCUGAAAAUGAGGCUUGUAGACCAUGUAUAUGAUGACCAGGUCAUUGACUCCCUCACUGUGAAGCUCAUACUCCCAGAAGGUGCCAGGAACAUCCACGUGGACACCCCUUACCCCAUUGACCGUAUUCCUGACCAGCUGCACUACACCUACCUGGACACAUUCGGCCGUCCAGUCCUGGUAGCCUCCAAGAACAACUUGGUGGAACAGCAUAUCCAGGAUGUAGUGGUCCAUUAUAACUUCAAUAAGAUCCUGAUGCUGCAGGAGCCCCUGUUGGUGGUGGGGGCCUUCUACAUUCUGUUCUUCACUGUCAUCAUCUAUGUACGCCUGGACUUUGCUAUCACAAAGGACCCUGCUGCUGAGGUGCGCAUGAAGGUGGCCUCCAUCACAGAGCAGGUUCUUACUCUAGUGAACAAGCGCCUGGGGCUGUACCGCCACAUGGACGAAGUCGUCAACCGCUAUAAGCAGUCCAGGGACACGGGGGCCCUGAACAGCGGCCGCAAGACCCUGGAGGCAGACCACCGCACACUCACCAACGACAUCAGCUCUUUGCAAGCCCGUCUGAAAGCAGAGGGCUCUGACCUUGCCGACAAGGUUGGCGAGGUGCAGAAGCUGGAUGGCCAGGUGAAGGAGCUGGUGUGUCGCUCCUGCCAGGAGGCUGAGCGCCUGGUGGCAGGGAAGGUGAAGAAGGAAGCUUACAUCGAGAAUGAAAAGGGCCUAGCCAGCAAGAGACAGGAGCUGAUCACUCGCAUUGACAGCCUCUUGGAUGCUCUCUGAAUACAAAUACACAAGUCUCUCCAUACACACACACACAAAUACAUACCAACCUUUUGUAUGUAGAACCUGCCCUGCGUUCAUUGUAGAAAUAUAGUUUCAAACAAAACACACACUUUUGUACGCGAUCAUUCUCCAUCCUCUGAGAACCAGACAGAAAGUACACAUGCUAAGUAACCUGUAAGUGCAUAAAACACUGGUGCCUUUGUGCCUAGCCAUAAAAAUGCUUAGCACUACAGUGACCCUUUCACACCUCACAACACAUUUCAAGUGUUAAACUGCACCUGUGUUAACUUUUCUGCCAUCUCUUGUGUAGAUAAAGCAUUGUUUCAAUUUGGAAUCCUAUUUUUUGGGGAUUUUUUUUUCAUGCUCAUGAUUGUAAAAAAAAAAAAAACUUUUUGUAUUUUCUUUUUGUUCUUCCAAGGGGUUUCCCAUGCAUGUCCUCAGAAUGCCCUCUUUAUCUUGGCUGUACUUUAAAGGGUGAGAAAUAAAAAAUGAUUGAACCUGA